CUUUUGCUACUCCUUUGACUCAACCAUCUACAACUCCUUCGACCCAACCAUCUACAACUCUUUCUACAACUUCUUCAACUCAACUACCCACAACAACUUCUUUGACCCAACCAUCCACUACAUCUUUGACUCAACCAUCUAUUACUUUACCAUCUAUUACUUUACUAUUUAUCACUUUUUUGACCUAA